CCUGUUGAUGACACCAAAGAAAGCUGUGGAAAUUCAACAGAAAUAAAUCAGCCUCACCUUGCAAGGCGAUUGAGACCGUCCAUAUGCUUUGACCUGAGCAUUCCCUGAUGGUGUUAGAGCAGAGUUCCAAGGAGCUGAGACUGCCAACAAAUGGAGAAGUGAUUGAAGUGGACGUUUCCGGAAGAUCCGACAGAGCUUGAGCUUUGUUUGUGGAUUGGAGGAUUUCCAGGAAUAUGCCGAUGCCCCAGAAUGGAGCUGAGGAACCUGCUCCUGCGGCACUCUGUCGCUAUGUGGCUGCUUUUACACAGCUUUGUUCUGAUGACCUUUUGCUUUAACUUGGCGACGACAUGCCCGAAAGGCUGUUACUGUGCAGAAGUACACAAGAAAUUAAUUGUCCGUUGCAGUGACAUGCACCUAAAAGAGGUUCCCAAAAACAUUCCAAAUAAUACUUGGAAGCUGUACCUUGAUUCCAAUCAGAUAACUUCAAUUCCGCGUGAUGUUUUCAAGGAUCUGCGUAAGCUGGAGGAACUAGAUUUGUCCAAUAAUACCAUUCAGCACUUGGAGACUGGUGCAUUUCGAGGCUUGAAUGAAAGUUUGAAGAUUCUGAACCUCUCGCACAAUAAACUCAAGACUGUGAACGAGGAAGUGUUCAGCAAAUUGAAAGCAGGUAUAAAACUUUCGGGCAAUCCCUGGUACUGUGAUUGCAGGCUGCAGGAAAUGAUUAAGACGGUGAAUAUUGGUUUGUCCAACGACAUCAUUUGUGCGACUGCUUACCCAGAGGAGCACGCGAAGAAAUCUUUCCUGGAGGUUGCACACCAGGUGAACUUAUGUAACGUUCACAAAAAGACAACCGACGUGGCCAUGCUGAUCACCAUGUUCGGCUGGUUCACCAUGGUCAUCUCCUACUUGGUGUACUACGUGAGACAGAAUCAAGAAGAUGCAAGGCGACACCUUGAGUACUUGAAGUCACUGCCCAGCAAGCAGAGGAAGUCAGAAGCCUCCUCCACCAUCAGCACAGUGGUGUAACGCAACAGGUUGAAAGGUGAAUUCUUGGGAUGGGGUGGAAAAAGAAAGAUGUGUAAAUCUGUUGGACCUGUGAUGCUGUAAAGAUCCAACUGGGACAGUCAGUAUUUGUAAACCAGUGGAUCACACCUCUGGCUCACUGUCUUCAUCUACAAAAUUUCCAUGCUUCAGAAUGGAUUGCCAAAAGUAAAGAACAUUGAGUACACUAAUAUUCUGUUCAGUAUUGUACUCCGAUUAAGAGGUCAUAGUCUUGUGUACCAACUAUAUGAAAAAUACUGUUGAUGCCUUAUGCUCUUGACAACUAAGGAAUGAAUAAGGAAUGAACCAGCAACAGGAAUGAAAAUAAGCCUGUUAUUCAAUGUGUUCUAAAAGACUAUUCUUCCAUUUAAAUCAACCAAGG